AGAGUGUGUGAGCUAGGGAGAGCGCGAGCGGAGCGGCCGGGGCUGGGCGCGCGCGGUCGGGCUUCCUGCAGCCUCUGGCUCCCGCUCCGUCCGCUCGAGCGCCAGGCGCCGGGGCUCGCGCCCUUCUCGUGAGGCCCCGAGGCAGCGGCGAGCCAGGAGCGCGCGUGUGUGGGCCGGGGAGGCAUCGCGGGGCGGCCGCCGAGGAGAUGCCCGAGUUCCUGGAGGACCCGUCGGUGCUGACGAAAGAGCGGCUCAAGAGCGAGCUGCUCGCCAACAAUGUGACGCUGCCGGCGGGCGAGCAGCGCAAGGACGUCUACGUGCAGCUCUACCUGCAGCACCUCACGGCGCGCAACCGGCCCCCGCCGCCGGCCGCGCAGCCCCCGCCGCCGGCCGCGGCCGCCAACAGUCGCGCGCCCCCGGACUUCUCCAGCGACGACGAGCGCGAGCCCACGCCGGUGCUGAGCGCCGCGGGCCGCGGGCGAGGAGGAGCCGGCGCCGCUGCGGGCAGGAAAGCCACAAAGAAAACUGACAAACCCAGGUCAGAAGAGAAUGAUGAUUUUGAUGUAACUGAACUCACAAAUGAAGAGCUGUUGUCUCAACUCGUGAAAUAUGGAGUGAAUCCUGGCCCUAUUGUGGGAACUACCAGGAAGCUAUAUGAGAAAAAACUGCUAAAACUGAGAGAACAUGGUCCAGAAUCAAGAUCUUCAACACCUCUGCCAGCUGUUUCUUCAACAGCAGAAAAUGCUAGACAGAAUGGAAAUGACGACUCUGAUAGAUACAGUGACACUGAAGAAGAGCUCAAGCUUGAGAAGAGAGAGCCAUUGAAAGGCAAGACGAAGACUCCAGUAACACUGAAGCAAAGAAGAGUUGAGCAUAAUCAGAGUUAUUCUCAAGCUGGACUUACUGAGACUCUCUGGACAAGUGGAUCUUCAAAAAGCGGACACCUGCAGGGAUUAACUAGGGAGCCUACAAGAGGGUCGAGAAGAACUCCAAGGAAAAGGGUGGAAACUGCAGAACAGUUGCGUGUAGAUGGUGCAGUAAUUUCAGAGAGUCUUCCUAUAGCUGAAACUAUAAUGGCUUCAAGCAACGAGACAUUAGUUGUCAAUAGGGUGACUGGAAAUUUCAAGCACGCAGCUCCUAUUCUGCCAAUCCCUGAAUUCUCAGACAUACCCAGAAGAACACCAAAGAAACCAUUGCCGAGAGCUGAAGUGGGAGAAAUAACAUUAACAGAAGAAAGAAGAGUUGAAAGAGAUAUUCUUAAAGAAAUGUUUCCCUUUGAAGCAGCUACACCAACAGGAAUUAGUGCUAGUUGUCGCAGACCUAUCAAAGGGGCUGCUGGCAGGCCAUUAGAACUUGGUGACUUCAGGAUGGAGGGAACCUUUUCGUCAAAAUAUGUCCCCAAAUAUGUUCCCUUGGCUGAUGAGAAGACAGAAAAGACAAGAAAAGGACGCUCCAUUCCCAUGUGGAUAAAGAUUUUGCUUUUUGUUGUUGUGGCUGUUUUCUUGUUUUUGGUCUAUCAAGCUAUGGAAACCAACCAAGGAAAUCCCUUUUCUAAUUUUCUUAGUGAUGAUCAGUCCAAGGCUCUUCCGGCAAAGGCCAACUGAGUGUUAUCUCAAUGGCACACCGAACCAACUUGGUCUCCUAUUUUUUAGUAACUAUAGAAAGAACUCUUAUUGGCUGAAGAACUACUUUUUAAAAUAAUGUGAUUUCAACUUCUUAAAUUUAAUAUUGCAUUGAAAAUGAGCAAGACAGUACAAAUGGACUCCAGUUUAAAUGUUUUGGACCUUGGACUAGUAGGAGAUCACUUUGUGCCAUAUGAGUAAUCCUUUUUUUUUUAGCUCUCUGGAACUUUUUUGUAGGCUUUAUUUUUUUAAUGUGAGCAUCUUAAUUCUUUUUUGAGAAAAAUGUAUAUUUGUUUUUGUUUUGGGGAAAUAAGAAGGGCAAAACAUGAAAGAAUAAUGUGAAACUAAAUGUUUUAAAUGCUCUGAAUUCAUGCAGAAAAGAUCUUUUAAAAUUAUUUCCUCUGGACAGAAUGUUUAGAGAAGAAAUGUGAAACAUAAUCUAAUGCAGGAUAAAGGGAAAUUCAUUGGAGGUUGUGUUUUCUAUAAGUACAGCCAAGUAUUUGACAUUAUUUGAAAAAGUACAGCAAUAAUCACUUAUGUAACUUUUUAGUAAUGUUACUCUAAUCCUGUUGUAUUCGUUUUUAUAAAAGAUUUCUAGUAUCAUGAGUUCUAUUAGUAAAUUCACCGAAGAAUAGAAUCAGGUUUUACCUGAAGAUCAUUUUUUAGUGUUACAUAUACAUGUUUGAGAAACCUGUUCAUACAGCACCAUAGUUCAAAACUUAAUCCUUGUUUUUCCCAGAAACAUUUGUUUCUUAUUGAUUGCUUGCUUGAUUAAAAUACUACUAAAAUAACAGUUAGAUGAAGGGGGAGUGUGUGUGUGUGUGUGUGUGUGUGCAAAGAAUUUAGGAAAUUUAUAGCAGUAUGCUUAAGUUUCUUCCACCCAUUUGACUUAAACUGUUACAACUAGACUCGUGUCAUUAAGCAAAUUUUGCCAAUUCUUUUUUCCCUAUACAUAAUAUAAUCUAAUGUGUUUCAUAAAUUUUUUUAAAAUUUCAUUUGUUCCUUUCUUGGAUAUUCCAUCCUUUACUCUUAAAGUUCUAUACUCUUGAUGUGAAGAGGGCAUUAUAAUGUUAUGUAUUCACUCUUUGUAGUUGUCUUUUAAAAUUGAAAUUUACCUCAUAUAUAACUUGAUUAAGUAGACAGCUGAGAUUUUGGUAGAAUCAAGUGAAAUGUGUAAAAAUUAAAACUUGUGCUUUUGAAUUUGAAAUAUACAGCCAUUGGUCACAUAGCAUACUUUAUACAAAUAAGUUAUUUUAAAAUACCAUGUCUUAUAAAGACUGACGUUUCUAAUAAAAGAAUAAACUAAAGACAUAUGUUUAGAUGGGCACUAAAUUUUGGUCUGAACUCAACAAAAUCUAAUUUUUAGUUUGUAGAUAACCUGUAGGCAUUUCACUUCUUUUGUAGUCAAGACCAAGCACUCUUAAUUGUAAAGGAGCUGAAAUACCAGCUCUUAACCUAGAAAUAUUUGCUGAUUAGAAUGAAAUUAUUUCCUUCUGUUAAGUACAUCACUGCAAGAGAGAGCAUGUCCUACCUUUUCCCACCAGGACAUGACAUGAUAUUUGGUUGUAAUUUUUAGUCUUACUUUGUUCUUUAUUUUUUUCUCAUUUAGUUAUUAUGUGUUUAGCUCUUAUGUUCUUCCUUUAGAAACUGUUAAGAAGCCACGUAUGAUGUUUUAGAACCUAGUAAAAUCAACAUGACUUAAUGUUGUAUAUAACAUAUGAUCAGUUCUCUCAUAGGAAAAAUGUGGUCCAGAAUAGUUCAGGUAGGACGCAGUUAAACAUCUAGUCAACCCCCCCCCCCCAAAAUCAAACAAACAAAAAAAACAUGUACUCUGUUUCAUCUUUGUCUGUUUUAUGCCACUAGAGUAAAUGUAUCUGAGCGGUAAAUUCAAGGCAUUUCUUUCUGAUUAAAUUGUAGAAGUAAUAAUUAAUACAUUACAAUAUAAUCUGAUUAAUAAAAAAUAAAUAACCUCUAGUUUUGUCAUUGUAGUAAGUGCUUUUCAGAUAGCAUAGGCAAUUUCUUUAAAUGACCCCCAGAUAUUAGAUAUUCUUAGUUCUUACAUUAAUAUGUCACUCCACAUUUCAUUUGUAAUAUUUAAAUAAGGCAUUCAUUCAUUAGAUCAUGAAUAAGCAGUAUGUGUUGGUGAUGCUCCCAGUUAUCAUUGGAAGUACUGCCAAUCUCCACCACUGAUAUUUUUUUUUCAUCAUUUUUUCUUUUUCCUCAGUGCCUUGGACCUUUUAAUACUUCAAGCUUUCUUAAGUCCUGCUGGUGCCCCUGAAAACUAAAAUAGUUUCUGAUCUUUCCUUAGGGUUGAUGCUUUUGAAUAUUUAUCUAUCAACAACACUCCCUACGCUACAUAGUAGAAAACUGGCUUCCAAAAAUAAGUGGUGAUUUCAUCAUUAGUGUUGUUCUAAGUAUCACCUUUGCUUUGAUAUCUUUUUUUUUUUUUUGCUUUGAUAUUUUUAAUGUUUUACUUUUUCUUUCUUAGUUCCCAUUCAUAUUGCCACCAGGAGACUGGAUUGAUAGUUUUCAACAUGUGCUUUAUUUGGUUUUUCCUUUGAGGUUGAGAAAAUCUCACAGGACUUAGUCAAUAGAGUAUUUGAAAACACUGAGUCUUAACUCCUAGACAAUAAGAAUAUUCUGUCCAAAUUUGUUGUCUUUAUCCCUGAGAAAAAACUGGUCAUAGUCUGUGCAUUUGCAGGAAAAGAAAAAAGUCUGAGUUUCAGACUUGAUCUUUUCUUUAAGAAUUAUCUUUUUGGGGCAGCUAGGUGGCGCAGUGGAUAGAGCACCGGCACUGAAUUCAGGAGUACCUGAGUUCAAAUCCGGCCUCAGACAGAUGACACUUACUAGCUGUGUGA